AUGUAUUUUUCCUUGAAGACUUUGGGACUUAUCUUUAUCUUUGCAAUUGUUACGUCUGCUUCUUCCAAAUUUGCAAGUUCUUGUGAAAACAUCAAUGGAUUUGGAACAAUUCUCCACGCAGAUUGCCAAGUGACUGAAGACGGCACUCUUCAACAGACUACUCUUGACCUGAACCGCUGCCUCAGGAACUCGAAGGGAAAGCUCAAGAUUUGA